CCCCACGCACUCUUCCUGCCUGCGGGUGAACCAAAGAGCCGGAUUCCUUGAUUCCCUGUCGCACACACAACCUGCGUUCCGUAGGAAGUGCAACACCAAACCAGCGAUUGAUCGAUUGAUUCACCAACCGCAAGACCAACUACGAGAAUGAUGUUCUCGGCUAGAAUGCUUCUGCUGUCCUUGGGCCUUGUCGCAGGGCCCGCUGCGGUCACCGCCAUAUACCCGGACGACCAUUGGAACUACUCCACAAAGCUCACCACCGGCAAUUACGCCGAUUCGAUCCAGAACGAAAUCGACAACGGGAAAACCGUCUUUGUUCGGUUCAUUGCCUCCGAGGUAGGAUAAGAGAGCGCGUGGGGUAGCCGGUUCUCCGGCGACCGAUGCGGUGCACGACACGGGACGCCAAGAAUUUUGUUUUGUUUGGGGGCCUUCUUCUCACCGGUCUUCUGCUUUUGUUUCUGGGUUUGCCCCCACCGCGAAUGGGUGCGUGUUUUGCACGGCUGGUUCUUGGUUCGACCGAAAGGGCUGAGGCUGAUGACGAAAGCAGGCUCCGGCCUGGAAUGCGGUGACGAAGCUCUUCGCGGGGUCUCCCGACGUGGCCUUUAUGGACGUCAACCUCAGCGACGAGCCCAUUCGGGAGGGUCCGAACGGGGAGCCCUACUCCCCCGGGGCGGGGGGCUGGCCCACGGUGCGCUAUUUCAACCGGGAAACCGGCAUUGCGGGCGGCGCCUACGCCAAGAAGACGGACGGCCCGAUGUGCCAGGAGCUCGGGAACGAGGACUACAUGGUCGAAUACGUGGAGGGCUACGGGAAGACCUUUCGGUGCAGGGCCCCCAGCGGGGAGGGCUGCGACGAGAGGGAGGCCGGGUACAUUGCCAAGAUGAGCGAGAGGACCGGCGCGGAGCUUGUGUCGGAGCUCGAGCGGCUGGAAUCGAUGGAGGGAUCGAGCAUGGCCCCCGACCUCGAGAAGUGGCUCCGCAAGAGACAGAAGAUCCUCGGGCAGCUGACGGCCGCCCCGGCGGAGGGAGGCUCCGAUGAGCUCUAGGCCGGGCCGGAUCGGUUCGAUUCCUCCCGGCCGCUUCGAACGAAACCGCUGGUUCGCGCUCGUUUGCCGGCCGGUGGAACGGAUGCGGUGCUGUGCUGUGCGAGCGGAAUGGAACAAAAGAAGCAAAACGAAGGAAACGAGCCAGAACGGAUCGGGCCCGGAGGGUACCGACCCGGAGGCGGUGUCUGGAAUGACGCGUCGUUGUUUCGCCGUGCGGCGGAGCCAGCAAGGGCAGCGCAGCGUGCUCCGCCGCCGCGACGCCGAAGCCGGAGAGAGGCGGGCCGGAUGCCACGGCAUGGCAUGGCAUGGCAUCCGAUCUGUUCCCGGGGAAUGUCAUCGCAAACCACCCGCGGGAUGCAGGGCAUGCCUCGAUCCGAGACACCGCCUCCGGGCCGGUGCCGAUUCGGGCGUGGUCCGGACGGAUCCGCUCGGUUUCGCUCGGCUCCGGUGGCAACGAAAAAACAAAACAACACAAAACAACACAACACAAAAGAAAACACUACGAGUGGCAUGACAUGGUACUAAACCGCAUAGGGUUGU